AUGUUCUGGGUGCUACGUGACGGUUCUGGUUACCUUCAGUGUGUUCUUAGUGACCUUUUGUGUCAAAGUUAUGAUGCGGUAACGCUGAGUACGGAAAGUUCUGUCGAGGUGUAUGGUACUAUCAAAAAGGUACCUGAAGGAAAGCAAGCGCCUGAUGGUCAUGAGUUGAUCGUGGACUAUUGGCGAUUGAUUGGUUCAGCUCCAGCUGGAGGCAUUGACAAUGUCUUGAACGAGGAGGCAGGAGUUGAAGUGAUGCUCGACAACAGGCAUCUUGUCAUUCGUGGUGAAAAUGCGUCCCGUAUAUUACGAAUAAGAGCCGCAGCAACUCGGGCCAUGCGUGAGCAUUUCUACCAUGCUGGCUAUACUGAAGUUUGUCCUCCAACGCUUGUACAAACACAGGUCGAAGGUGGAGCAACACUAUUUGCUCUGGACUUUUUCGGUGAGCAGUCGUAUCUUACGCAGUCGUCUCAGUUAUACCUCGAAACGUGCAACGCCUCACUUGGAGAUGUUUACUGUAUUGCACAGUCCUAUCGAGCUGAGAAAUCACGAACCCGUCGCCAUCUGGCCGAAUAUGCACACGUUGAAGCGGAAUGUGCAUUCAUCACGUUUGAUGAGUUGAUGGAUCGUAUUGAGGACAUCGUCUGUGAUACGGUUGAUCGUCUACUGUCGGAUCCGUCUGUAAAGGCUCUCAUCGAUCACGUGAACCCGGAUUUUAAACCGCCAAAGCGCCCAUUCCGUCGCAUGACGUACUCGCAGGCUAUUGAUUGGCUCAUUGAACAUGAUGUACGUAAUGAACAUGGAGAGAAGUUCGUGCAUGGAGAGGACAUCGCCGAGGCAGCUGAAAGGAAAAUGACCGAUACAAUUGGAGAGCCAAUUCUGCUCAACAGAUUCCCAGCUGGUAUCAAGUCGUUCUACAUGGCACGAUGCCAAGAUGACAACGAGCUUACUGAAUCAGUGGAUCUUUUGAUGCCGGGUGUUGGUGAGAUAGUUGGAGGUUCAAUGCGUAUAUGGAGCGAAGAAGAACUUCAUAAAGCUUUUACCGGAGCAGGAAUCGAUGCGAAGAAUUACUUCUGGUACACGGAUCAAAGAAAAUAUGGGUCUGUUCCUCAUGGAGGUUAUGGUCUAGGAUUGGAGCGAUUUAUAUGUUGGUUGACAAACUCCUAUCAUAUUAGGGAUGUUUGUUUGUAUCCUCGGUUUAUUGGACGAUGUGCACCUUAA